CUAAAUAUAUAGCUUCUGAGGUAAAAAUCUCAAAACUCAAAGUGGCCGACCACAGCCACAUAUAACAUAUAGUCUACGGCUUAACAUGACGUCGUGUAUGUCAAAGUCGUAGAUAUAAUGAUCGAACAUUGACAAUAAUAUUCUACUAUUCGCGACAGACACACCGUCCUCUCUUAUACAGCCGUGUCAUCGAAUAUCAACUCAAGGCACAAUGUAUUCAACAUUUACCUUGCAUAUAUUCUUCUCUCUUCUAGCCGCCAAUUUACUUGUCUACGCCGCCACAAAUCCCCUACAACAACCCCAAUCGCACUUGACUUUCUCCGAUAAUAAUCCACUAUCCACUUUCAUCAAAGGCGCUGACAGUUACGUGCUCGACAAAGCAACUCUCGAAUAGGGUGCAUAUGACUACUUCAUCAAUCCUCUAGGCAAAUACUUGAUUACCCCUAUCUUCCACUCGGCAAAUCCAUCCGUUCCGUAUCUGCGAAAUACCCCAAAAGUUUGGGAAAAGGUGGAUAGGUAUAUUUCAGGGACACGCUUUAUCUACUUGGCCUUCGCGGCAUUGCACUACACUAGGAAAAGCGAGAGUUGUUGCUGGGUUUGGUUGCUACAUUUUCAUGUUUAUCUCUGCUCCUGGCUAUGAGGGGCUGUGGGAUCUUAGUUUUGAGUGGAGAGUGUGGAGUAUUUCAAGGGAUUUGAUUAUAAGGAGAAAUGGUUUUAGAGUCGGACCAUCUUGUCACAAUGGGGAAUAAAUCCCAUACGGUUGUGGUACAUUAGAUUGGUUUGGGAUGUUAUCGUUGUUGUAUGAGCUGAUAUUGCUUGGAACGCAC